AUGAAUAAUCCCCAAAUUCACCGAGUUGAAUAAACCAAAUCCAUGUCAGAAUAGAAAUUAAAUACCUUAAGAAAAUAUUAUGAGCUAACCUAGGAAUAAAAGAAAGAUCUCGAAUAUUUUACUCUUAUCAAACAUUUCAUAAAUAAAUAAGAAGAAUAUCAAGACAGUGAUUCUUCUAAUAGUUUCUGCCCAUCUGAUACUUCCAAUACUGUUUGUAUAGAAGGAAAUGCAUAACAAUAGAUAUGCAUACAGAUGUUUGAUAUUAUAAAAUAAAUGAGAAGAGCAGUAAAAUAAUCGCAAAGAUUAUGUUCAACUAAGAUCAAAAAAAUAAAUAAGGUUAUAGAAAAGAGAAACAAAGAAAUCAAUUUGUUUAAAAUUAAACUUGGUUUGUUAUGA